AUGGAAAAGUUGUUAAGCGUUUUUGAAGGAGGAAAGAUUGCAACAAAUAACUCACUGUUUCUCGUUAAAGUAUAUGGACUUCACCACCAGUUACUUCGCAGAUCUAAAGAUCAUUGGAAGAAUUUUAGUGAUGCUUUGAAUGAUUACCAAUCAUCUCCCAUUAUGGACAAGUAUCUUUUGUUUGUCAAGUAUGGUAGCGCGUGUACUAGGGUCGCACGAGAGACCGAGUGCCUUAACAAUAAUCGACCUUUUGUGUUAUCAUCUCUUCCAUACUUGACCUUUAUUGGAAAAGGUAGGGAGCUGCAACAGAAAGCAGGCGCCAAUGAGGAUGAGGACAUGCAGUCGCGAAUCAGAAAAUAUGUAGAAAGGCAGAAGGAUCAUGCAGUGGCAGAAAACGGUGCUCAGUUAAAGAUGAUCUGUGAUUCUCUGGAUCUAAGUAGUGUUGUCGGUUUUGUCAUACUCUAA